UUCCCCCAAAGUUUUAGAAGUUUAACAGGGCGAACAAGAGGUGGACAUCAACAUUCAGGCCAUUAGAUUAGGACUUUACUGCUGUCAGGCUGGAUUUUGCAGAUCCUAAAAACUGGUGGAGUAGGGGGAAAGCCAGGAGGCACAACAAGCACCAUUCUCGAGGGACAAAGACAACCAUGUCCCAAGAAAACCAGAAUGAGACUGUGGACCAUGUAACCCCCCUUCAGGAUAUCUGUGAUGUGGAACGCACUGGCCAGGAGUCCUGUGAGAGAGUAUUUUUCAACAUUUCAGGUCUGCGUUUCGAAACUCAACUUAAAACACUUGCGAGAUUCCCAGACACUCUGCUUGGAGACCCGUGCAAAAGGAUGCGGUUCUUUGAUCCAUUGAAGAAUGAGUACUUUUUCGACAGGAACAGACAAAGCUUUGAUGCAAUCCUGUACUUCUACCAGUCUGGUGGGCGGCUACGAAGACCCAACAACGUGCCAGUUGAAAUUUUUAUUGAAGAAAUCCGAUUUUACGAGAUCGGUGAGGACAUUAUUGAUAAUUUCCAAGAGGAUGAGGGUUUGUGUAAAGAAGAAGAACGCCCGAUGCCUUCCAGUAAAUUUCAGCGUCAAAUUUGGCUGAUGUUUGAGUAUCCUGACAGUUCUAAGUCAGCCAAAAUAAUCGCUGUCUUAUCUGUAAUGAUCAUCCUGAUAUCGAUUGUUAUCUUCUGUGUAGAAACUUUGCCCGUAUUUAGAGAUGAAGGUGUAUUAAAUAACCACCUUGCACCAAAUGUAACUACUAAUGGAAAUAGUUCCAGUCCAUUCCUAGAUCCAUUUUUCUUGUUGGAGACUAUUUGUAUAAUUUGGUUUUCCUUUGAACUGAUUGUAAGAUUUCUGGCUUGCCCAAGCAAAACUACCUUCUUCAAAGACAUCAUGAACACCAUAGAUAUUUUGGCAAUUUUUCCAUAUUUUGUUACUUUGGGAUUAGACCUUGCAGAGGUUGAAUCAAGCUCACAACAGACUCUGACCAUUCUGAGAGUUAUCCGCUUGGUGCGUGUCUUCAGGAUUUUCAAACUCUCACGGCACUCCAAGGGUCUCCAAAUUCUUGGCCGGACACUACAUGCAAGCAUGCGAGAACUUGCACUAUUGAUAUUCUUUCUUAUCAUUGGCAUCAUAUUGUUCUCCAGUGCAGUUUACUUUGCUGAAGUGGACGACCCAGAAUCUCCGUUUACAAGUAUCCCUGAGGCAUUCUGGUGGGCGGUUGUGACCAUGACAACUGUUGGAUAUGGAGACAUGUGCCCAAUCACUAUUGGGGGCAAAAUUGUUGGAUCAAUGUGUGCCAUUGCAGGAGUUCUUACAAUCGCCCUGCCGGUUCCAGUAAUAGUGUCGAAUUUUAACUACUACUAUCACCGAGAGAACAGUGAGGAGGAGCACGUGGAGUUCACACAUGUAACUUGUAGUCAGCCAUUGGCCUUACUGACUGACCACAAUAAGAGCGACAGUAAACCCUCUCUCAUCAAAUCAGAUUAUCAAGAAAAUGAAUGUUCUGACAAUAUAGACCUGACCCUGUGGGCUUGUUGA